AUGUCAGAAGAUGAACGAGAGAGAAGAUAUCGUAAAGAUGAGGAAGAGUCUAGUGAAGAAGAAGAAGAAAUUGAUGAUGAAGAAUUUGAAAGAAGAAGAAAUUUAUUGAGACAAAGAGCUAAACAGAAACGUGAAGAUGAGGAAGUAAUGGAUGUAGAAGAAGAGAAAUCAGAUGGGGAAAGUGAAGAAGAAUCAUCUGAAUAUGAAGAAUACACAGAUUCAGAAGAGGAGGUUGGACCAAGACUCAAACCAGUGUUUGUCAGAAAGCGUGACAGAAUCACAAUUCAAGAAAAAGAAAGGGAAGAAAUAAAACAACGAGAAUUAGAAGUUGACACGAUACCUACCUUUACCUAA